AUGCCUUACAUCAUGGUAAUGGGCAGCCUUAGUGCACCGCAUCUUUCUAAGGAUGAAGGUGCAGCGGUGUACGGAUUAAAAAGCGAAGAAAGAGCUACAUUAGUGCGGGAACUGAAUUCGUCGUUCGGAAUGGCGGUAGCGACAUCAUCAGACGUAGAAAGAACAGUUCGCAUCACGCAUAAGGGCUUAACUUUAAUGGUAGUGAAUCGCCUGCACGGGCUUUUUGGAUACGACGUUGUAUCUCACGCGAUGGCAAUGACCAAUGCGAAUAGAGAAUUAAUCUCGUUUACUAUGUAUAAAAAGUCAAGCCCAAACACCCAUGGCCACAGUCACACUCAUGGUCACGGUCACAGUUCUGCACACAAAGCUCAUGCGCAUAGCAGCGUCGUAACACUUUAA